GGGACGGGGAAGGGGCUUCGCAAAACCCGGGCGAAGUAGCCCAGAGGCGGGGAGGGUCGCUGCCCGCCCGCCUGCCUUCGCUUUCUCUCCGCGGAGCUGGGGGGAGGCUGCGAUGAAUGGUUUCAGCACUGAGGAAGACAGUCGGGAUGGGCCUCCCACCACCCCUUUCUACGGACAGAGUUGCUGCCUUAUCGACGACGGGGACCGCUGUGUCCGCCCGGCUGGCAAUGCCUCCUUCAGCAAGAGGAUCCAGAAGAGCAUCUCCCAGAAAAAGCUGAAGCUGGAUACUGACAAAAGCGUAGGACACCUGUAUAUAUGUGAUUUCCACAAGAACUUCAUUCAGAGUGUUCGAAACAAAAGAAAGAGGAAGACCAGUGAUGAUGGGGGAGACUCUCCAGAGCAUGAGAUUGAUGUCCCAGAGGUCGACUUGUUUCAACUUCAGGUAAACACACUGCGUCGUUAUAAAAGGCAUUACAAGUUGCAAACCAGACCUGGCCUGAAUAAAGCUCAGCUGGCAGAAACUGUCAGCCGCCACUUCAGGAACAUCCCAGUGAAUGAGAAAGAGACACUUGCAUACUUCAUAUACAUGGUAAAGAGUAACAAGAGUAGGUUGGAUCAGAAGUCAGAAAGUAGCAAACUUGAAUGAAGAUCAGGCAGGUUUUGGACACAAUCAUAUGUGAAUUUGAAGAAGUAUCAGGUGCAUUAUGAAUACAAAAAAGUUAACAUUUUUGUAAAUUAAAGUGCAAACUAGAAAUUAUACAGAAAACCUUUGGCCCAGAAUAUUCGAAUACAUGAAUAUAUGUGAUGAUUCCAGAAUUUUCAAAGCCUAAUACUUGACUGAAGGGAUGGCGAUCACAGGAAAAAUCAAGAAGUCAAAUAUAAUGCUUGUCCACAGGAUUAAAAUUAAUCUCUUGAUUAUAAGUCACAUGUGAUAUGAAUUCAACAUUCUUGAACUGGAUCAUACCAUAUCCAAUAGGGCUCUAAGACUUACUUGCUCCAGGUCAGGCAUGACACUGGAAUUUUGAUUCAAAAAUCUUGGUCUGGGGUUCCUGUUUUUAAGUGUGGUCACCACUUGUAUUCAAUACAGGAUUACUUGCUUUGAGGCAAAAUAUGUAUGGGUGCUAGAAGUUUUUAAACCACGCCUUUUUGUAUGUAUAUGGUCUUGAUAGAAUACUAAAACUGUCCAACUCUGCUUAUUUGCUACUAGGACUUCUAUUUUGUGAAUUUACAAAAGUUAAAAUGUUAAAUGUU